AUGGCACCGAGAGUUAUCGUCGUCGGAGGCGGCUGCCCCGCGCGGUGCUGUCGUCAUCACAUGCCGCUCAAUUCUUUCCGCGCCGCUGACCGUGUCUCUCGUUCUACAGUGUCCGGGUUGAGCGCCGCCCACACAAUUUACCUUGCCGGCGGAAAUGUUGUGGUUCUGGAUAAGCAAGGCUUUUUUGGCGGCAACUCCACAAAGGCCACCUCCGGCAUCAACGGCGCUCUCACCCGCACGCAGGUUGAGCACGGCAUCCAGGACAGCGUGAAGCAGUUUUACGAUGACACGCUCAAGUCAGCCCGCGACAAGGCGAGGCCCGAUCUCAUCAAGGUCCUUACCUACAAGUCCGCCGCCGCUGUCGAGUGGCUGCAAGAUGUAUUCAACCUGGACCUCACUCUCGUUUCCCGGUUGGGUGGCCACUCUCAGCCCCGUACCCACCGUGGUCACGACGCAAAGUUUCCGGGCAUGGCCAUUACCUACGCUCUGAUGCAGAGGCUCGAAGAGCUCGCCGAGUCAGAGCCGCACCGUGUCCAAAUCAUCAAGAAGGCUCGUGUUACCAGCCUCAACAAGGAGGGCAACACCAUUACUGGUGUCAAGUACGAUCACAACGGCGAAACUUUUUCUCUUGACGGGCCCGUAGUCCUCGCAACCGGUGGCUAUGCCGCUGAUUUCGGCGAGGGCUCCCUACUGAAGCAGCACCGUCCCGAUACAGUCGGCCUCGCCACCACAAACGGCUCGCAUGCCACCGGUGAUGGCCAAAAGAUGGUCAUGGCCAUCGGCGGCAACGGCAUCGACAUGGACAAGGUCCAGGUCCACCCCACUGGUCUGGUUGACCCCAAAGACCCUGGCUCGAAGUGGAAGUUCCUGGCUGCUGAGGCUCUCCGUGGCGAGGGCGGUAUCCUCCUGAACGCUGAUGGCGACCGUUUCUGCGACGAGCUUGGCCACCGUGACUACGUCUCGGGCAUGAUGUGGAAGGAGAAGGACAAGGGCAAGUUCCCCAUCCGGCUCGUGCUCAACUCCAAGGCUUCCAACACCCUCGACUUCCAUACCCGCCACUAUUCUGGCCGUGGUCUUAUGAAAAAGAUGACUGGUAAGGAACUUGCCAAGGAGAUCGGGUGUAGCCCAGAGCAUCUCCAAAAGACGUUCCAAACCUACAAUGCCAUCGCCGAGGGCAAGCAAAAGGAUCCUUGGGGCAAGCGGUUCUUCCACAACAUGCCUCUCGACAUCAGCGAUACCUUCCAUGUGGCUCUGAUGGAGCCUGUUCUCCACUUCACUAUGGGUGGUAUUGAAAUUAACGACAAGGCACAAGUCCUCAACAAGGACAAGAAGCCCUUCGAGGGUCUCUUCGCCUGUGGCGAGCUUGCCGGUGGCGUCCAUGGCGCCAACCGCCUUGGUGGCUCGUCCCUCUUGGGCUGCGUCGUCUACGGCCGUGUUGCCGGCGACUCCGCCAGCAACUACCUCUUCCAGAAGGCCCUCAGUGGUUCCGCCGGCGCGGCCCGUCUUGGCCAAAUUGCCCUGCACAUCGACCCCUCGACUCCGGGCAAGAUAUCAGUCGAGUGGGGUUCCGGUGCCGGCAACACCGAGGCGCCCAAGGCUCAGGCCACAUCCAGCACCGGUACCGGGGCCGUCCCCAAUGCGGAAGGGAAGACGGCGUCCAAGCCGAAUGACCCAAAGUCUUUCACCGUCCCUGAUAAGGAGUUUACCAUGGAGGAGGUUGCCAAGCAUAACAAGAAGGACGACCUUUGGGUUGUGGUCAAGGGCGCCGUGCUUGACCUGACCAACUGGCUUGAUGAGCACCCCGGUGGGCCCCAGGCCAUUCUCAACUUCAUGGGCCGUGAUGCCAGCGAGGAGUUUGAGAUGCUUCAUGAUGACGAGGUCAUCCCCAAAUACGCACCGCAGCAGGUCAUCGGCAGAGUGAAGGGCCAGAAGGUCACGCUGGAGUUCUAA